CCCUUCGCCAACCGUGUGCAUUCUUUCACCUGUGUGCAAAGUGGUGGCCACGGGCCCGCCGGCCACGGGACGCCAGUGUAUAUAUCCGGGCACGGCGCUACCGGCUCGGCCGUCAUGACGGUGUGCACUUCCGGUGGUGUGGCGCGCACUACCACCGGCACGUCGACAGGUAGCAUUACCACGACCGCCACCAGCACGGUGCAGACGAACAACAAGCGGUGCCUCGCAUUUUCCGUCGAGAAUAUCCUCGACCCGAACAAGUUUACCGGUGGUCGCGUCGUCCAUAAUCGCGUGCAUCAUCGCCGACACCGGCGCGCCGGUAGUGUGCACGAAGAUGGCGACUCGCGGGGCGAGUUCGCCUGCGGCAGCGGCCAGGAAGAUGAGGAAGGUACACCGGACACCAUCAUGGAGGAAAUGGAGGAAGACGCCGAGGAGGAAGAGGAAGACGAGGAGAUUGAAAUGCGAGUCGUGGAUCAGGAUUCGGGCAGCGUCGGACGGGAAAAUUCAACGAGCGGCGGCACCAACACAACCACGACGAAUUGUAAGAAGCGACAAUCGUCGUCGUCGUCGUCUACAUCGUCGAGCGGAGUUCAGGUACAAAACUGUCAGGGUCAGGGUCAAAACGGACAGAACGGCACUGGCGGUGGAGGUGGCGGAAGUAACAGUAAUACCAGUGGCAAACCCAGAAGAGCGCGGACGGCCUUCACAUAUGAACAGCUGGUCAGGCUAGAGAACAAGUUCAAGACGACCAGAUACCUGUCCGUGUGCGAACGUCUGAACCUGGCGCUCGAGCUGCAGCUGACUGAGACCCAGGUGAAGAUCUGGUUCCAGAACCGACGAACUAAAUGGAAGAAGCAGAACCCGGGGCUAGACGUGAACAGCCCCACCGUGCCGACGACGCCACCGCAUCCGUCGCCGUACGCGCCCGCCUUCCUCUUCGCCGCGCAUCCUCACCAGCACCCAUUGCCACACUCGCACGCGCACCCACACCCUCAUGCCCACGUACACCACCCGCCGCCGCCGGUGCCGCCGCCGCCCGGAUACUACCACCCGGCGGCCCCACCUUACCCGCCGACCGGACCGACCUUCUUCGGCCAUCAUCUGUCGGCGACUCCUGCUGCGACUGCGUCAGGACCGCCACCGACCUCUACGCCUUCCUCCGCCGGCCUGGCUCUCUCGUCUCAUCCGCAUCCGCACACGCAUCCGCACGCGUAGCGAAAUCGGCGAUGAUACCCUACGUCAACGUCCUCGCCUUCGUAGUCCUCGGCAAGGAAACGGUGGUCUCGUGUGAGUACUUCCGGCCGUGGCAAGAAAAGUACCAGGAUUGGGAGAAGAGCGCAGAUUGCGCGCGUUUGUAGAGAAAAAAAAGUUCAUCAACUCUUAUUGGCAUCGUCCGAACGCGUCCGCCGACAAUUCGUCAUUUCUCCUGGUGAUUAUUCCUCCUGGUCAUCGCACAAUUGUUUUCCUUUUUUCUACCAAAUCGUACGUAUCCUCUAUACGUGAUAGUGAAAUUAAUUUGAAAAUAGCAUAAGUUCAUAUUUUUUGCAGGAAUAGCUAAUAGGAUGUAUUAUGUAUACUGCAAUACGAAGACAAAGAGAAAUUAAUUUCUCUAUAUCCUAAUUUGUGCGAAAACAACAUUUAUAAUUAAGAGAUAACAUUUAUCGCUUGUUUGUUUCGACAGUUUUAAUUCCUGGACUUAUGUUGUUUUCAAAAUACGGAUAUUACGGAAAACAAUAUUUUGGCGUCGGAACCGAUUUUUGUUUGAUGUGUAUAUAUAUAUACACGCGUUUAAAAAGAAAAAUGUUGAAACCUAAUUAAGUAUUGAAUCAGACGAUGGGUGUAAUGUUUUCGUUUGUUGGAUCGGGGUGCGUAAUCGGCCCCAAUGUUAUAUUUUGCCUUCCCGUUGCGCACGUGGAACGACUCGAUAGCAUAAUCGGUUUACGUAGGGUGACGUUCAAAAAACGUAUCAUUCUGGCGCGACACUGGCCAAACAUUUAAAUUCCGCGAGUAUUUUCCUCCAAACGUCGAGCUUUGGGCUAAUGGUUAAGAGAGCAGCGUCUUUUAAAAAACGUACACACACGUCUCCCAACGGAGGGGGGGGGGGGGGACGAGUAACCUGACAUUUGACAAAAGGUGGAAUGGUAGAAGGCAAAAACUUCAUUAAAAAGUUUUGAUUGCUUUCGCUUCUCCAAUUUGCACUCAUCGCUUCCCACUUUGUGAGCCUUGCGUCGUAAAAAUUAAACAGAGUCGUAAAUUGUUGUCCGGAACUGGCGCGAAUCAUUCUUUAUCCAAUAAAAAAAAAGAGACUUCGGUACUUUUCUCCAAGUAAAGUAGAAUAACACGAGCACCCGAGUCCUUGUCGUUUUCUCACCUUUGUAAUAUAUUCCGUUCGUCGCUGCGGUUAAGCGACGGAAGAAACUUGUCUUAAAGGGAAGUAGAUUUUAUCAGAAAAAAAACGCUCUUAUAUAUAUAGCGGUAAGGUGCGUGCGUGUAAAUGAAUGCGCGAGAAUGCGUGCGAGAGUGCAGCGAUUGUCGAAAAAAAAAAAAUUAGUGAGCAAUGUUUCGUGCUGAUCGUAAAAACGAGGCACAUUCGGAACGUAGCGAUCGCGUUCCUGUGUAAAAUAAAAAUCAUACGUUACGCUCGUAAAAACCUCCAUCCAGUGUGUAUAGAUACAAAUAAUCCCUGACACGUGCGACAAGGAUGAAGAUCGAAUUUGCUUACCACACUCGAAUCGCCGUGUACAUACAUAACAACGAUAUCUCGUAUUGUUCACGUUUCCGCGUUUGUCGCGGGAUAAUUCCGCUGCCGGGUGAAGUUACAAAUUUCAUCUUAUCCGCCGUAAUGCCGUAGCGCCGCUACAAUAUCGUAAAAUAUCGGCGCGAUAUUAGUUCAUCAGUUUCAUUUGAAUACAAUAGAGUAUACAAGUAUUUUACUUUCAAACAUUAUCGGUUUGUCUUUACUGCGAACAGAUGCAAAGAACAAGUAUACCUAAAGAUAAUUUUCCUCGUCCCUUUCUUUAAAAAAAGGG